AUGACCUGCGAUCAUUGCGUGCAGGACGUCUCCGGAUCCAUACAGAAAAUACCAGGAAUCACCAAAGUAGAAGCCCGCCUCGCAGAUCAACUCAUUCUCGUCGAAGGCACCGCAGCACCCAGCUCCAUCGUCGCCGCCAUCCAGGGCACCGGCCGCGACGCAAUCCUGCGCGGCAGCGGCGGUUCCAACAGCGCCGCCGUGUGUAUUCUCGAGACGCACAACACGACCGUGCCUGAGAAGAUUCGCGGUCUUGCGCGGAUGAUUCAGGUCAGCAAGUCGCAGACUUUGGUUGAUCUUACUAUAAAUGGGCUUUCGCCGGGCAGGUACUGGGCCACAGUGCGAGAGACGGGAGAUAUAUCGCAGGGCGCAGAGUCAACGGGUGGGAUAUGGGAGGCUGUUAAGAAUAAAAUACUUGGGCAGGAACAACCUCGAGGCGUAUUUGGGGUGGUCAACGUCAGCGACAACGGCAAGGGGAAUGUGUUGAUUGAUCAACCAGUUGCAAUCUGGGAGUUGAUUGGACGCAGCAUGGUGGUUUCGAAGAAUACGGAAGGACCGUUUAAGAGUGAGGAUGCGGAUACGAUUGUGGGCGUGAUUGCGCGCAGUGCAGGAGUAUGGGAUAAUGAGAAGAUGGUCUGUUCGUGUUCGGGGAAGAAUGUGUGGGAGGAGAGGAAGGAACAGGUUACCAAGGGAAUGCUGUAA